GCCCCGCCCGCCGCUGCAGUGACAGCGGCGGCUCCGCCCGGGCACAGUCGGGCCCAGCCCAGACGAGCCGCGCAGCCGGAGCGGGAGCGGCGCGGGCGGGCCGGACAUGGCCGACGACUUCGGCUUCUUUUCCUCGUCCGAGGGCGCCGGCGCUGAGGAGGACCCGGCCGCCGCCUUCCUGGCCCAGCAGGAGAGCGAGAUCGCGGGUAUCGAGAACGACGAGGGCUUCGGGCCGACCGACGGCGAGGCGGCCGCCGCCCCGGGCGGGCAGACGGCCCCACCGGAACAGGCUGGUUUCCAGAAUGGAGGAGCCACUGUCAACGGAGAUGUGUUUCAGGAGUCCAACGGCCCCACGGAUGCCUACGCAGCCAUAGCCAAGGCUGACCGGCUGACCCAGGAACCCGAGAGCAUCCGCAAGUGGAGGGAGGAGCAGAAGAAGCGCCUGGAGGAGCUGGAUGCAGCAUCGAAGGUGACUGAGCAGGAAUGGCGUGAGAAGGCCAAGAAGGACCUGGAGGAGUGGAACCUCCGUCAAAAUGAGCAGAUGGAGAAGAACCGGGCAAACAACAGGAUCGCUGACAAAGCCUUUUACCAGCAGCCGGACGCCGAUGUCAUUGGCUACGUGGCAUCGGAGGAAGCAUUCCUGAAGGAGUCCAAGGAGGAGACCCCGGGCUCUGAGUGGGAGAAGGUGGCCCAGCUGUGUGAUUUCAACCCCAAGAGCAGCAAGCAGAGCAAGGAUGUCUCGCGGAUGCGCUCGGUGCUCAUCUCCCUGAAACAGACGCCCCUGUCCCGCUAGCUGUGCCUGGCACAGCCGGGAGCACUGCGGGCACAGCCGGGAUCACCGAGUCGGGUGGCUCCAGGGGCCAGCCCAGGACAGGCCUCCCACUGCCUGCUCCCUGGUCUGCACCUCGGCUGUGCUCGAGUCACUGGUUGUAACUCUCCCCAUGGUUUUCCUUUGCUUAAAAGGUGCAUCGGUCUCUUUUUACACUUAUUUAUAAAUCACUGUGGCAUUUCCCUGGGAAGCGGCACUGGGUGGCAGAGCUGAGUUAAGGAGGAAGCCCCGGCCCAGGGUCUGCAGGAGCCUGGCUGAGUGAGCAGGGAAUAUCCCACCCUGUGUUCCCACCUCACCCCUGUGCUGGGAAUAAAACUGCCUGUGGCUGUCCUGGCAGCCCUGUGUUCAGGCCUCGGUCCUAUCCCUGAGGCAGGGAUCCCAGUGGGGUCCAGCCUGGUUGUGCACCCCAAAAAGCUGAUGGGGUUCCAGCGUCAGUGUCCCAUCCGUCCUGCAGUCCUGGCAGUACAGUGCUGCAGGGCACUGGAGAAGGGCCAGGGGGUGAGUGUGCAGGAAGUUUUCUGUCCCUCUCUCAUGACCACCAGCAGUUGGGAAUGUGGGAUGCCAGGCUUUGAGAGCCCUUGGCUUUGCUCUGCUCCUUCCUCUGCUACUAGAAGGGGAGAUGGAGGCUGUGUGGUUGCAGGGAAGGAGGUAGGAAGGUCCAGCUGCUGUGGGGCAGGUCAAGCUCUCCCAGCUUCCUAAACCAGGAUGGAGGGUUGGGCAGAGUUCUGGUGCUGGGGCUUGUCCUGUCCCUGAGAACAACCUGCACAUCUGUCUGCAGCUGCUCUGCCCCCUGGCUUUGCCCUUCUAAGGCAUCGUGGGGAGAUGCCUCAGUCCCACUCCCCGCCUGAACGCUGGCUUUCUCUCCUCUGCUUGGCAGGGCUGGCACCAGCCCUGGGAACCUGCACAACUCCUGAGUAGCAGGAGAGGGACAGCCUUGAGCUUGUGCCCUGCAUCUGGGAGCUUGGAAAGGGCUUGCAGCAGCUGGGGGAACAUGGAGCAGAGGCCACAAAGCACUUGAGCCUCACUGCAGAGCCCUGCUCAGCUGGAAAUCAAGUGUGCAGAGCAGUCCUGCCCUGAAGUUGUGGCUCCAGAGACAGGAAUGUCACCUGUGCUGCUGCUGCUGCAGCCAUCAGGGGGAUGGUCAGGCACCUGUGGCUCUGGGGCACAGGCUCAGCAGUGGGCUGGGAAGGGAAAUGGGUGCAACUUGGUGUUGUGUGUUGGGAUUGUGCCCCUCUGCCCAUAGAGCUGAUCACUCCUGCCUGGUCCCCCUGCCCUCCAGCAUGCGUAGGCACCUCUGCUGUGCUGCAGGACACCUUGGGACUUGGCUGCCUGCCUCUGCCUUUCCCUGCAGAGCAGUGGGAAGCACCUCUGGCUGCUUCUGGGGGGACAGUGUGCCCCCCAUCCCAUGCUCUGUUCCUCCAGGCCCCGCAGGCAGCCAGGCCCCUGGGUCCCCCAGCUGCCGUGUGCUCCAUGUGAGGCCGGGGCAGCUCCCGGGGAGCCAUGCCCACAGCUGUUCUACAUCCCCUCGGCUUUGGUUUCUGUGACUGUCCAAAUUAUCUGUUACAAUAAACCGACAUCUCCAAUCCUA